AUGACAUCAAUUCCAAUUCGAAGACAAGAAUUUAGCAACACCCGCAUGGCUUCUUCCGGGGCGGGUAUCCAGAAAGAAUGCUCGUCCAGAGAACAAGAUAUGGCGCACCUCAACAUCCAGAAUCACAACCAGAGCCAACAGGCAGCAGCAGCCUCUUCAAGACCUCAAGCUUGCGCUUCCAAACACAAAAGCAGCAUGCUCAACCACCAAGACCUUCAGAACGACGAUCCCUCAACAACCCACCCCUCAUCCAUCGACAUCGACCUCGCGAUCCAGGCCAUCGAGCCAGAGUACCGAAUCAACCACCAGCAGGCCAGGGACAUGGUCUAUCAAGCGCGGAUGAGUUUGAUGGCGAUGAGGGAGGACGAUCCGGAGUAUAAGACGCUUCUGAGGGAGCAGCGGGCGUUGUUAAGGGGUGCGAAUAGUUGGAAUGCGGGAGUUGUGGAGGGGCAGGGAGGUUGA